UUCAAAUAAUAGAAUCAUUCAUAAACAACGCUGCAAGACGACGUAUCAAUGUAUUUGCAUUGUCCGAUUCAAUGUUUAUCAAAAUCACAUUCAUAAUUCUAGCACUGCAUCAUUUUCAAUGUGUGGCAUCGUCUCCUGAGGCUCAACAAGUUACAGAGAAAAUUCCGACAGAAUGUAAAUUUCCCGACAAUUCAAAUGGAAAUUGUGUGCCCUUAGAAAAUUGUGCAGCCGCCAUAACGGGGAAAGAUGCAACAGAAUGCUACCGCCACAAUAAUAAUACCUAUGUUUGUUGCAAAUAUAACUUGUGGAGUGAAUAUAAACCUAGAAAACUAACUGAUGGAUGUGGCGUACCGAUAGUAAAUAUUAUACGGGGCUUACUCACCAAGGAAAAGGAAUUUCCUUACAUGGCCGCGUUGGGUUGGGAGUCAACAUUUUUCGAUGAACCCUUCGAGUAUAAAUGCGGUGGAGUUUUAAUAACACCAACUUAUGUUCUAACAGCCGCUCAUUGUGCUCGUCUAAAUGGGCAAGCACCUUCUGUCGUUUUGGUGGGUGGUAAUAAUUUAAAAGACACUAUCAAUAAACCGAUUAACAUUGCUGAAAUUAUUGUUUAUCCUGACUACAAACGAAACGAAUCAUAUCAUGAUAUAGCGCUAAUAAAACUUGAGCAAUAUGUAAUAGAAACCUCAGCCUGUAUUUGGAGUCUGUAUGCGAUGGACAAAGUAAAUUUGACAGCAAUUGGUUAUGGAACUACACAAUUCGCGGGUCCCACUUCUGACAGCUUGCUGAAAACUUAUUUAUCGGUUGUGCCAAAUAAACAGUGUUCAACCCAUUUUAGAGAUGAAGCAACUUUGCCUAGGGGCCUACACGAAAGUCAAUUUUGUGCCCAGGAUUUUGAGAGAAACAGCGAUACAUGCCAGGGUGAUUCGGGUGGUCCAUUAAUUAUGAAUUCAAUUAAUCCCCAAGGAUUUAAUACGCCAUUUGUUGUAGGGAUUACUUCGUUCGGCCGAGGUUGUGCCUUGGAAAUACCUGGAGUAUAUACAAGAGUUUCGGAAUAUGUCGACUGGAUAGAUAAUGUGGUAUAUAAUAAAACCCGAGCCGUUUAAAUUUUAAGUGAUUGUGUGUUUGUUUAAAUUUCUACGAGUUUUAAAUGUUCAAUAUAGACAUUCGCAUGUUUAUAAUAUAGGAACUUAAUUAUAUUUUAA